AUGGUCAAUUCGAAUUGUAAUGUGUAUGCUCAAAAUGAUAACUUCCCAUUAACGCAACAACAACAACAACAACACUAUCAGCUGCUUUAUCUCAAUGGAACUCACUUCAUCAUCACUAUAGCACCAAUACCACCAACACUCACUUUACACCCCAUACAAUUACUACAGAAUGGAAAACAGGUGGUGUUGUAUAUUUCACAAACUGCAAGGGCCGCAAUGAAUAACUUUGGUAAAAACAAUCCGUUUUUGUUUAUAAAUCAUUCUUCUCUCGGUCACACUAUUGUGAAAGAUGCCUUAGAGUAUGCCUAUGCAGAUGCACGACGUGAGUUAUUCCUAUCCCCAUUAUUAUCAUCAUCCUCUCUCUUCUCAUCCUCUAACCACAAUAUCAAUCAUGAGAUGUAUCCUCAUAUCCCUUUUAUUAGUGGGAAGGAUAGUGAAAAGAAUAUUCCCAAUAACACUUCAGUGGAUAUUAUUCCUACACAUAUGACUAUAGUCUCUGCCGUUCUGCGAAAUAUCGCCAGUUUUGCUCAUCCACAACUCUUCACAUCAUUACUCUCGAGUUUUCUCGCGUAUGGAGUGAGGUUUGCAGAGCAGUGGAAACAAGAAGAACAAGGAGGGAUUACUGCUUACGAUGUUGAAUCUCUCUCCACACUAGCCUCACUAGACGAUGCCCUCUGGUGUCUACAUAAUGUUGCUAUGGAUAUCUUGCGUAAUCUCAAAACCGCAGUGAAAACACUUUUGAGAAGUGUUUCUCGAGAAAUGGGUGGGAAAGAGCUUUUUCACUUUACAGCAUCUCUCUAUCAAUUGGCAAAUGGUUUCGUACUUCUCGCCAUGCUUGAGUUCUUUGUAGUGGAUAAAGAUAUUCCUGCUUCUAUGUAUACACGGAGCUGCAGUACAUCUGGGAAACUAUAUACAAGCGAAGCAUUUAGUCUCUUGUUUAGAAAAUAUGUGGAAGAUACAUCUAAGAACGUGCCAAGUACAGUAGAUGUACUCACACAAACUGCAGGAUCCUGUAAGAAUUUUCUCUGCGAGAUGAUAAGGAAAAUAGAUUGUGAAAUGCGUCGUUCUUGUGUUACUUGGGAUAUCAAUGGUGAGAAUAAUCUCAUGAAUGCUCUUUCACUCGUAGAAGAUUUUGAGGCGAUGGUGUAUGGGUCGCAAAUAUAUAUAGACCGCAUCUGCCGUCAAUCUCCAUUCCUGAAAUCUCACUUAAAUGAUUCUGUAGAUAAUCACAGUGUGGAGGAAGAAGAUACUACGCACUUGAACGGAAUGAAAAACAUAUCCAAUCAGUAUUGGAAAAACAACGUGGAUUGUACUUCUUCCGUAUCAAGUAAGAGUUAUAAUACUACUAAUACUAAUAAUAAUAAUUAUUAUUAUAAUAACAGUGAAGGUGCGAGGUAUUUUAUGUCUAAUGAUAGUAAAAACACGAAAUGUGAGUUAUUACCGCAUGGGGCAAAUACUCCACUUGAGGGAUUAACAAUGGAUUUAGGUGCGAAAACGACAAAACAAAACUUCCGUGUGAUUACAGAACCUUUAUACGAAACACAUGAAUACUCAAGAAAGACAUCAGAUGCAUUUGUGGGCCUUGUGAAUGUUGGAAACACAUGUUUCAUCAACAGUUUUACACAACUUUUCUUUGCCGCUAAACACUUUAGAUUAGAACUCAUGAAAGAGUUUUUACCACGCAUUGAGGCACUCGUAGACGUAUUCGAAAGGAAAAAUCCCCACACCAGUAAUAAUAGUAGUACCAAUAAUAGUAAUGGUAUUAGUGGUAGUUAUAGUAGUAAUACGUAUAAUAAUAAUAAUAAUAAUAAUAAUAAUAAUAAUAAUAAUAAUAAUAAUAAUAAUAAUAUGGAUUCUACUGCUCCUACUAGUUCAACUACACCGAGUGAGAUAUCAACAGGUGGAAGAGGCACGGAUAAAGAUGUCGCUCUUGGUUUUGUUCUCCUGCUUGGACAAAUGCACUGGAGAUUGUGUAGAGGUCAUGCCAGAGAGCCUGUGAACACCGCCUUCUUUAGAGUGAUGUUGCCCGUCCCAUUUAAUGAUGGCUUCCAGCAUGAUGCCUCGGAGUAUGCGAAGGUGCUGCUUGAGAUUUUGGACCGCGGAGACUCCACAGAGGAAAUAAAUGCAAGUGAAACCAAAUCACAUCAUCACAAUCAUCAUCAUCAUCAUCAUGAAGAAAAAGAAGAAAAUAAUAAUAAUGAUAAUAAUGAAGAAGAGGCAACCAGUGAAAUGCCCAACAACAACAACAACAACCAUCAUAAUAGUCACAACACCAAUGGAAAAAAUAAUAAUAAUAAUAAUAAUAAUAAUAAUAAUAAUAAUAAUAAUAAUAAUAAUAACAAUAAUAAUAACAAUAGCAGUAAAGAUCAGAAGCGGGCUACUGUUGUGGAUAGAUGGUUUGGUGGAGUUUCUGCCUCUAUCAUUGAGUGUUUGCAUUGCCGCCGUCAACGAACACAACUAACACCUUUUUGGGAUAUCACACUGCCACUGCAACGCGUCCGGGAUGAAAGGCAUUCAGUCAACAUCGCAGCAGCAACAACAACAACAAUAGGAGAAGAAAGAGAAGAAGAAAGAGAAAUGGAAACAAGAGUAAUUACACCACUCGAUGAAGAUGAUGAGGAUGAUGAUGAAAAGGAAAAGAAUGGGCCAGUGAGAGAUGUGGCCCAAUCUGCAGAUGGACAUGUUGCCAUCACUACAUACGGCACUCAAAGUGAAGAAGAAGAAGAAGAGAAUAUAAUGGAAGAAGAGCCAAAUGUGCAGGAGAUUCAGGAAGUAAGGCCCAUGCCAUCUCUGCAGGAUCUCGUGAAUGAUCUUCUCAACUAUCAAGGCGUGGGUGAAGUUCUGCAGGAUGAUAAUGAGAUGUACUGCGAAUCCUGCCGCAGUCGCCAUCCAGCGGUGUUGAGAACUGCCAUUCAUGCCACUUGUAAACCAUCCACAUGGAAUCACUCUCUAGAGAAUGGACAACAACCAUCACAACAACAACAACAAUCACAACCAUCACAUUAUAUGGAUGAGGAAAUGGGAGAAGAAUCUGAAAUUGAAGGAGUUCCCUUUUACUUAACAUUGCAGCUCAAUCGCUUUCAGUAUGUUCGACAUUCCAGUCAAUACGAAAAGGUAAUGGAUGCUGUUCGUAUUAACGAAUACAUCACCGUUCCUGUGCGGGUUGUGAAGCCGGGGUCCAGUUCACAUACAUGUGCUCAAGAGAAUGAAGAAAGAACAUCUACAGCAGAAAGAGAAGAAAGAGAAAGAGAAGAAAGAGAAAGAGUGGAGGAAGUUUAUCAUGCACAUGUUCGCUAUCGAGUUAUUGCUGUAUUAGUGCAUAGUGGCUCCACACCUCGUAGUGGACAUUAUUUCGCAUUACUCCGCGAGACGACUUCAUCCCCUUCCACUUCUGCUGCUGCUGCUGCUGCUGUGCCGAUUAAUGUAGAUAAGCAUAACUAUACGGAGGAUGUGAACAAUAGUGGUUGGGUGUUGGCGAAUGAUUCUGUGGUUUCUCCCUUAAGUUCUGAACGAUUGCGUGCUUUUAUGGAUGGAACGGGAACUGUAUUUAGUCAUCUUGAGACCCCGUAUAUUAUUCUCUAUGAACGUUGCUGUAGAGAGGAUAGAAAACCACACACAGAUGAGGUGGUCUUCUCGGAUGGAUUGGAGAGACUCUUUCAGCGGUUGAUGGAGUUAACAGAAACGGAGACAACACAAAGAGGUAUGUGGAUUAAUAAAGAUAAUGAUGAUGAUGAUGAUGAUUACCACAAUGGUAAUAAUAAUAAUAAUAAUAAUAAUAAUAAUAAUAACAAUAAUAAUAAUAACGGUAAUAAUAAUAAUGAUUUUUUGGGCAGUGGUGCUAGACUCAAUGCAGCAGUGGGUGGAGGGAAUCCUAUCUACUGA